AUGUCCGUCAAAGGUCUCGCUGAAACCCUCCCCGGCGUGGAGGUCCGCCACGACAUCUAUCCCACCAUCGACCCUACCUCAGCUUGGGAGACCAAGUCCUUCAAGAACAAGGCCGUCUUCAUCACCGGCGCGAGUCGCGGUAUCGGACGCGUGACGGCUAUCACCUUCGCAAAGGCUGGCGCCGCCAUCGCCAUCGCUGCGCGGACCGACAGCGCGCUGGAAGAGACCAAGGCCGAUGUGCUAAAGGAAGCCCCGGACGCCAAGGUCGAGAAGUAUAUCGUGGACGUCAAGAACACAGCUCAGGUCGAGGCCGCCGUCGAGGCUGCUGCCGCUGCAUUCGGCCGUCUGGACGUCGUCGUCGCUAACGCUGGCGCCCUGACGAGCUUUGAGAAGACCAUGGACGAGAAGCCGGCUGCAGGUUGGUGGAACACCUUCGAGAUCAACGUCUUCGGCGUGUACAACGCUUUCCGUCCGGCGGCGAAACACCUGCGCAAGACGAAUGGUACCUUCAUCGCGAUCAGCUCUCUCGCUGCACAGCUUCGCUGGCCCGGAGGCAGCGACUAUGAGACCUCCAAGCACACCGUGAAUAGGUUGAUCGAGUUCAUCGCCCAGGAGAACCCGACGGUCAAAGCAUUCGCGCUUCAUCCUGGCUCCAUCUUGACCGACAUGGGACACGACUCUGGCUUAGCCGGACAAGGCAUGCCGUUCCCCGACACGGUAGAGCUCCCUGCGGUGACGAUGCUUUAUCUCGCCUCGGGCAAGGCUGACUGGCUCAGUGGUCGCUUCGUCGAGGCAACCUGGGACCUCGGACAGGUUGAACGCGAGUGGAAGGAUAAGAUCCUCGAGAAAGACCUGCUGAUCAACAAGCUCGACGUCGUGGGCUAA